CACGUAGUCUGCGUGGUAUCGCCGUCGGUGGUGCUGUUCUGGGCAUAAUGAUUGGGGAAGGAAUGUUGCGCCCUAUGUAUCUUGAUUCAGACAGAGACAUGAAAAGCGGAGAGGCGAGCACAUCUGCGCCAAAAUACGUGUCCUACCAGGAUGUCCAGAAGCAUAAGUCCAAGGACAGCUGCUGGGUCAUCAUAGAGGGCCAAGUCUACGAUACUACGCCCAUUUUGGAUACACAUCCUGGCGGGAGCCGUGCAAUCUUGAAGUAUGCCGGAGAAGACGCCACGUACGUAGCCGACGCCGAGUUAAAGGCGUUUAAACCGGUACAUCCGCCCGGUACGCUCUCGCAGCUUCCGUCAGAGGCACACCUUGGCCCGGUUGAUCCGGCUACGUUCCCAAAAGAAAGUAAAGAGCUUAGCCAGGAGGAGAGGAGAGUAAUGGAAGCGCGAGCCUCUCUGCCUCCUCCGUCCGCUGCGCUCAACCUUCAUGACGUAGAGGAGCUCGCUGAGAAGGCUCUCACUACGACUGCCUGGGCAUAUUACCGAUCAGCAGGAGAUGACGAAAAUUCUUACCACGAAAAUGUAGCCGCUUUCAAACGAUUCUGGUUCAGACCUCGAGUGCUGCGCAAGGUCUCCGUGGUGUCGACCAACACUACUAUGCUGUCAUUCCCCUCUUCCCUACCUAUAUACAUUACCCCCACGGCUCUCGCUCGACUCGGACAUCAGGACGGCGAGAUGAAUUUUACGCGUGCAGCAGCGAAGGAAGGCCUCAUCCAAGGAUUAUCACAAUAUGCCAGCUGCUCCGUCGAAGAGGUGAUGUCCGUGAGGCAUCCGGAUCAGACUUUGAUUUUCCAGAUGUAUAUGUCACCAGACAGGGUCGCCGCCGGGUCCCUGCUCCGUCGAUUGGAGGGCCUGGGUUUCAAAGCCCUCAUGUUGACCGUCGACGCUAUCGUGGCCGGGAACCGGGAACUUGAUCAGAGAGCCAAGGCUGAUAAUACCUCUGCAGUACGGCACCGCCUGAACGUUGCGCUAGAUGCGGAUGUCUGCUGGGAAGAUGUUGCGUGGAUCAAAUCCCUUACAAAACUUCCCGUCGUCAUCAAAGGCAUCCAAAGCGUCGAGGAUGCCAUCAUAGCUUAUGAACACGGCGUUCAGGGCAUUGUUCUGUCCAAUCACGGUGGUCGGCAACUUGACUUCUCUCCAUCCCCUAUGACCCUUUUAUAUGAGCUUAGCCAGGCGAGGUCCGAUCUUCUGUGGAGACGGGACUUCGAGGUGUUCGUGGAUGGAGGGGUCACACGCGGGACUGACGUUCUAAAAGCUCUUUGUCUCGGUGCACGAGCUGUGGGCAUGGGUAGGCCAUUCCUGUACGCUAAUGGGGUCUGGGGUGAAGAGGGCUGCCGAAGAGUGGUACAAAUCAUGCGAGAAGAGAUCGAGAGGGCAAUGCGGCUGUUGGGCGUCAGUAACCUGAACCAGCUAUCACCGAGCAUGGUGCGAUACAUUGAUCGGGAACCCAUGGCCUCGCGUCUAUAAGGGAUAGGUGACUGCGGUAUAUACAUGGGCGUCGUUGCUAGGAGUGGAUCUGCAAGUACUGUACUUAGGGAGAAGGUGAUACAGAUGCAGACCGUAUUUGAUCACAAUGAUGUCCUAUAUUCGCUUAUAAGCGAC